AUGUGGCUGGCCACCGAGCUGGCAACAGGCAGCCGUGAGAUCAUCCUGUUCGCCUACCGCACAGAGUGCUACGACAAGUUCAACGUGUGGAGAAAGGCUGACGGCACCUACUGCCUGUACAUGAGUGGGGACGGGGUUUUCUUCCACCUGCCUGAGCUCAGCACAUUCCAGACCCACCUGUGUCUCACCUGGGAGUCUAUGUCAGGCAUGGCCAUGUUCUACGUAGAUGGGAAGAGGAGCAUUAGGAAGGUGUAUAAACCGGACACAAAUUGCAGGCUGUCGGUAGAGUCAUCCUGGGACAGAACCCAGACUCCUGAAGGAGUUUGA